AGAUUUUUCAUUCAUAACAAUCUUACAAACUUCCAGAAAUACUUUAAAUAUUUUCAAAGAUUCUCACAUCCUAAUAUCAUCUACAAGCAAAUAAGCAAACAUGGUGACAACAACAAUGUCUUUAUCAUUGAUAACACUCUUCUUUUUCCUCCUCGUAUCAACCGUCCCCGUGACCUCAAGCGGCGAAUGGUGCGUGGCGAAAGAUGACGCGACAGAUGCACAGCUACAAGCGACUAUAGAUUGGUGUUGCAGCGAUUCAGGAGGUUUUCGCGAUUGUACAACGAUCCAACCCGGUGGAGUCUGCUACGAACCAAACACUCUCAGAGAUCAUGCGUCGUUUGUGAUGAAUUUGUAUUACCAGAACCUUGGUCACACCAAAAAGCAAUGUGAUUUCAGUGGUACCGGCGAUGUAGUUCAUCACAACCCAAGCCAUGGCCCGUGUGUUUAUGUGUCUUAUUAACAUCAUAUACAUAUGUAUGAGAACUUGUAAUUCUGAAGCUCCAAAUAAGUUGAUGAAUCAGAUUCCAUCUAUUUCUUAAGAAAAA